AUGAGUGACUCGGCGUCUCCUCCGCCAUAUACAGUAUCCAACACCGGUUCUCUGGUGCCAGGGUCGAGUAAGAGCCUCAACAGAGUCUUCUUCGGACGCAUCAUACACAGCAAGUCUCUGAAGGAGGUCGAAAUCUUCCCCAAAGCUAGCCUGGGGGUCGACGACAAGGGCAACAUUCAAUUCCUCGACGCCAACGUCGACUCCGCCGCCGAAGCCUGUGCCAAACACCCAGGCUUCGCAAACGCCGAGAAGGUGACGCUGAAGCCGUUGCAGUUCCUCUUCCCUGGCCUCAUCGACACGCACAUGCAUGCUCCCCAGUAUCCGAACAUGGCGCUAGGCAUGGAAGGCGACCUGAAGGAGUGGUGCGAGAACUGGACGGAUCCGAUGGAAGCGUCGUACGCGGACACCUCGAAAGCGCACCGCGUGUACCGCGAAAUGGUGCAGAAGGAGCUCGAGAACGGCAGUACCACGGUGGCGUACAAUUCAAGCAUUCACCCCGAUGCGACGAACGUGCUUGCCGACACGUGCCUGGAGUUCGGGCAGAGGACGGUUAUCGGCAAGCUGUGUAUCCUGGUCGGCAGCACGCACGGCAACUGGGAGAAGAACGCAGAGCAGAGCAUCGAGGAUGAAAGGAAAGUCGUCAAGCAUAUCAGGAAGAUCGACCCGGAGGGCAAGCUCGUGAUGCCGUGCAUACAGCCGCGAGCAGGAUCGUACGUCCCGCCAGAGCUCAUGGCCGGCUUGGGCGAUCUGUGUCGCGACAGCGAGCCGAUCCGGGUGCAGGCACACAUGUGUGAGACGCCGCUGGAGGUGGAGAACAUGCACAAACUCCACGACGGGUUCGAGAGCUACGCCGACAUGUACAACCACUACGGCCUGUUCGGACCUCGGACGAUUCUGGCACAUUGCAUUCACCUGACCGAGCGAGACAUUGAGGUCAUGGCAGAGCGGAAGGUCGGCGUCGCUCACAAUGCAAACAGCAACACAUGCCUCACGGACGGAUGGUGUCGAGUCCGUCAGCUGUUGGACAAAGGCAUCAAAGUCGGUCUCGGCACCGAUUGCUCGGCCGGAUACUCGAUCUCGAUCCUCAACGCAAUGAGGCAGGCAAGCAACGUCUCCAGACACCUGACGAUCCACACGGGCGACCCAGCCUGGAAGCUGGACUUUGAGGAGCUGGUGUAUUUGGCCACUAUGGGUGGCGCCGAGGUCUGUUCGUUAGAUCAUACAGUGGGCAACUUCGAGGUCGGAAAGGCGUUCGACGCUCUUCUCGUCGACGUGGGCUUGGACGAUAACAUCAAUACCAACGGGUUUGAGCACGACGAUAUGGCGCUGUUGAAGAAGUGGGUGUUUAUGGGCGACGAUCGAUCUAUACGGAAAGUGUUUGUGGGUGGAAGAUUGGUUGCGGGAAAAGAUCUUAAAGCGUAA